AUGAUAUUUUUAAUUUCGCUCUCUCUAUUUCAUUUAUUAUUCGGACAGAUCACCUAUGAUGCUGGAUUAUAUACUGGAGAUAGUGCUUAUUGUUAAAAUGGAAACAUAGUAACUAAAACUAUUUCAUUUGUUGGAACAUUUGCAAACAUACCUUAAGUUAUAAUUAGUCUUGAAUAUCUUGAUAUGGGUUAAGGAGGAGAUUUUAGAGUUGAGACACAAAAUAUUAACCUGAAUAGUUUUGAUUUACAUAUUGUAUGUAUAUCAAGUGUUUACAUAUGGAAGCUUAAAUACUAGUGGUAUGCAAUCGAUGAUAGUCGAAUCGAAGUCAUAAAUAACUUUAACAUGGUGAAUAUAGAUAAUAAACAAUUCGAUCACUUGAAUCCAAAUGCAAAUUCUGCCAUAAUAUCUUUCGUCAGCAUAGGGUUCGUUGCAGAAAUUGAUUUCAAAUUAUCAGUAGCAAUAAUCUAAUUAUAUAGAUAACUGAAAUUACAACUACUAAAGUCACAGUUGGCAUCACAAAAGUAGAUCAAAAGUUUGUAAAUUUACACUAAAUCGGAUAUUAAGUUAUUUUGGGAGUUGAAGAAGCAUUCUCUGGUUUGUAAGAAAUCCACCGUACAACUACUUAUGAUAGUGGAACCCUUACUUAGAAACCAAAUAGAUGGUUAUUUAUAACUUACAAUGGACUGGAAGUUAGUUCAUACUUUAGACAAAGAUUUACGCGUACAUAAGUUUCCAAAUCCUACCUACUUGAGACAUGUACAUUAUAAUAUCUAAUAAGGGGGAGGAACAUUCAUUGCAAAUUAUCACCAAAGGGUUUGGCUAGCUUAUCAAUUUACAAAUGAAUUUAAAGCCUUUUUGUGCCUUACUUUAAGAAUAUCUUAAUCUCUUGACAUGGAGGUAUCAUAAAAACCUUAAAUAUAUGUUGAUAUCAGUGAAUUAAAUUAAUCACUUUAAUCAUCGUAAUAUUUAUUUCUUUAGAAAACAGUAAACCUUUUAAGUUUCAAAAUUUAUAUGAAAUGCAUCAAAACAAAGACAAUUGUUAGUCAAUUUCUGAAAUGUUAGAGUUGCUCAACCAAUCAAAAAUAUUAUUUAUUCUCACAUUAUUGUCAUGGAUAAAUUGAUGCUGUUACUUAUUUUCCAAAAUUUUAAUUGAUUGAGUCUUCUUAUAAAGAAUUAAAUUUAUACAUUUCACUCGACAGGAUAACAAUUACAUAAACCCUAUUUAAUUAGAUCAAAUCUACAGAAACACUAUUAGAUAUAAAAUUUAAAGUUGAUUGA